ACGUCACUGUGGUGCUGUGUUCUUUUCCGUGCCACGCAUUGUACAGUGAUAUUUACUUCGUCAAAGUAUCAACGAUAUAAAAGAAUGGCGCCAAAGAAAGUUGAGGAGCCUGAAAGGAAACCACUUAUCGGCCGUGUGGGUACCAAUUUAAAAGUUGGAAUAGUAGGCAUACCGAACGUAGGGAAAUCAACUUUCUUCAACGUUCUCACCAAAAGCCAGGCAGCUGCUGAAAAUUUCCCAUUCUGCACCAUCGAUCCCAAUGAAAGUCGCGUGCCCGUACCCGACGCAAGGUUCGAUUAUCUGUGCGAAUAUUUCAAACCGGCUAGCAAAGUUCCAGCCUUCUUGAACGUGGUGGACAUCGCCGGGCUGGUUAAAGGCGCCGCCGAGGGACAAGGAUUGGGAAACAGUUUCCUCUCGCACAUCAACGCUUGCGACGGCAUUUUCCAUCUCUGUCGAGCGUUCGACGACGACGACGUAACCCACAUAGAGGGAGACGUGAAUCCCGUGAGGGAUCUCGAGAUCAUCAGCGAGGAACUGCGGCUGAAGGACAUCGAGUUCUUGAACGUGCAUCUCGAGAAAUUGGAAAAGCUCGUCGUUCGCGGAAACGAUAAAAAACUCAAGCCGGAAUAUGACACGCUGUUGAAAGUGAGAGGCGUAAUGGUGGACGAAAAAAGGCACAUCCGGUUCGCCGAUUGGAGUGCCACCGACAUCGAAGUUCUCAACAAAUAUUUGUUCCUCACGUCGAAGCCCGUUAUUUACUUAGUUAAUCUCUCUGAAAAGGAUUAUAUACGUAAAAAGAACAAAUGGUUAAUCAAAAUAAAGGAAUGGGUCGAUAAGAACGACCCCGGAGCUGUUUUGAUCCCUUUUAGCGGCGCUUUCGAGAACAAGCUCGUCGACAUGAACGAAGCCGAACGGUCUAAAUAUUUGGAAGAACAGAAAGCUACGAGCGCACUCGACAAGAUCAUCAUUCAAGGAUACAAAGCACUGCAGUUGCAAUACUUCUUCACGGCAGGGCACGAUGAAGUCAAAGCAUGGACGAUUCAGAAAGGUACGAAAGCACCCCAAGCUGCUGGAAAGAUUCACACGGACUUCGAGAAAGGAUUCAUUAUGGCCGAAGUCAUGAAGUACGACGACUUUAAAAACGAAGGAUCGGAAGCGGCAGUGAAGGCUGCUGGAAAGUAUAGACAACAGGGGCGUAACUACGUUGUCGAAGACGGGGAUAUCAUCUUUUUCAAGUUUAACGCUGGCGCUGGACUAAAAGACGCGAAGAAAAAGUGAUGGCACGCGUUGCUCAUGUUGUUGCUCGUUCAUUUGUACAUCAACAUGAUCCUCAUGUUUUGUUGCACACGUGACACACGUAUGAAACGACCAAAAUCGCUUACCAAUAUCCCUUGACGUGAUUUUUUUUUUUACAUUAUCACCGAACGAUACGUGCCACUGUCGAUCACGAUAGCAACAGUUUUAUAGCAACACUUGAUACCCGAGUAACUAUUUUUACAUGCUUUAUUACACCAUAGAAUCAAGGAGAUCCUUUCUUCCCGCGACUUGAAUAAUUUAUCGCAGUUUUCUAUCGUAUCGAUGUUGGCAACUAUCGUUGGAAUAAUCACAGCAUUUGUUUCGUGUUACAUAACGAAACGGAAUGAUAAAAAGUUAUGUUUCAAAGUUAUUAGGUGUAAAUAAAUAAUAGUGGCUUUGUAAUACAAUAUCCUGCUUCUGUUGCUCUUGGUUACCAGUGAAAAAAAAAAAGGGUAAUGUAAAA